AUGAAGUGGGUUGAGAAUCGUGAGAUCUCAGGUUUAAAUUCUAACAGAGACGAAAAUACUAGGUGCUUUCUUCCCAUUUGUCUUAGCCUUGGCGGACAUAGCUACGUUAUACCUGUUGUUGGUGAGAGGUGGCAGCCUGGCAGGUAUCUCGUGGAAUUAGUUGAGAUGCAUGCAAGCUGGCCCGAACACCACGAUUAUUUAAAAAAAGGUGACCAUGAUCUUGUACGAGAAGUUAAGGCUAUUCCCCUGUUACCAACAUUUGGUAGAAGGAAUAACGAAGAAAUGAAAUUGGGGGAGCUAUAUCUACCAGCUGGAGUGGUACUCAUUAUACCCGCAAUCUUAGUACAUUAUGAUAAGGAAAUAUGGGGUGAAGACGCAAAGGAAUUCAAACCAGAAAGAUUCAGUGAAGGAGUGUCAAAGGCAACAAAAGGACAAUUCUCAUUUAUCCCAUUUGGCGGGGGACCUCGAAUUUGCAUUGGACAAAACUUUGCAAUGUUCGAAGCAAAAAUGGCAAUAACUAUGAUACUUCAACACUUCUCUUUAGAACUAUCUCCAUCUUAUGCACAUGCUCCAUUUGCAGUCAUGACUAUUCAUCCUCAAUAUGGUGCUCCUCUGCUUAUGCGCAAACUUUAA